GGCCCGACUUAUGAUCACCUUAAUUUGGCCCAAUAGGGGCGAAGUGUAGACUUCCACUCCACUGUACGAACGAACGGUGGUAUCCUUCUCCCACUUCCCAAUCCGGCAAUCCCCUCCGAGGCGGGAACGCACCGUGAAUCUCUCUCUCUCUCUCUCUCUCUCUCCUUCCUGUGGUGGACGCGCUCCCUGUGCCCUAGAUUUCACGAAUUCUCAAAACUAGCCGUUCUUGCUUGCUCAAUUCUGUCAUUUCAGUGUCAAAUUUCCAAUGAAAUCGUUUAUUUAUUUUCACAAUGCAUCCUCUCGAAAUGCAUUGUCGGAGUUCGAUUCCUGAAGAAGUUCUCUAGUUCAUGUGUUUGCCCCAAAUCUAAUCAGGAAAUCUCCAGUUGUUUUUGUUCUAUUCCGCUGUACUGUAUAUCAAAAUACCUACUUCUUUCGCAUUCUGGUAUUUUUUUUUCGCUUCAGCUUUCGCAUUCUGGUAUUGUCUAGGGUUUUAAUUGCCAACGAAGUUUCAUAUUUCUUUGUCUAUUUUCUUUAUCCUGGUUAUUUUGAUGGGAUGCUGGUUUGUCUAUGGGAUUGAUUUCUGGGGUUUCUAGGGUGACGGGCACAGCUUCGAAAAGCGGUCAUGGGUGCUCUGACGACUAAUCGUAAGCGUGGCGAUGGUUAUUUCAGCUUGAGCUAUCCUUCCUCAUCUCCGUAUACUCCGGAUUCCGAGUGCCGUGACGAUCUUCACAUCUCGAAGAAGCCCAGAAUUUCAUCUAUGCGUCUUAGUCCAGACCGGCCCUUAUCUUCGACGAGUCUAGUUACUUUAGCGUCUAGAAUUAAGCAGUACCCGCAAUUGAGUCAGGGUUUCCGGAGGGAAGUUCACGCUCCUUGUAGGAAGCCCAAGUUUGGUCUUCAUUCAACAAGUUCUGGUAGGGAAUUCUCGAUUGUGGGUGGCCGAGAUAGCACGAAUCAAGAGUCCAUUGACGAGAUGGGGGGUUUUCUGUCCCGUGGAUUAGAGAAAGCGAAAAGCAAUGCAAUGGAUUUUCUUCAGCAUCUUAGGAAGGACAAGGAAGUGCUUAUCCUGGAACCAGAAUGUUCCAAGGAUAUCACUUCCGAAGAUUCGAGGAUCGAAGAACUUGAGAUAUUGGAUAAUGGGCGAGGAAGACGCUCUGUUGGUUCGGACCUGUUGCCUCGUGAGACCAGUGGAGAUGUAUUUCUGCGAGACGCUUAUGCAAAGCUUCCAAGUUAUAAGCUCCAGCAGUCCUCAUCGGCAGUAUCUAAUAUGACCAAUCUUACUCCAAAAGUGGACGAAGCAGAAAAGAUGGAGCCUCUAGUUGUAAGCCAUGGAGUGGAGGAGCUGGGGGAGCUUCCUCAUAAAAAAUUGCACAAGUCUGCUGAGAAAAGGAAUUCCAGAUUGAGUUUUUUAGGCUUUGAGAUCCAAUUAAACGAGAAAAAGUUAGCGGCCUUAUCAUUACUUCGUCUACCAAAGAAAUCAGAGGAUAUACCUCAGGAGCCUUUUCUUCCUCUUACUGAAGAGGAAGAGGCUGAGAUUGAUCGUGCGUUUUCCCCCUCCAAUAGGAGGAAAGUAUUAGUUACUCAUGAGAAUUCUAAUAUUCAGAUUACUGGAGAAAUUUUGCAAUGCUUAGGACCGGGUGCCUGGCUGAAUGAUGAGGUCAUAAACAUGUACCUCGAAUUACUAAAAGAGAGGGAAAAAAGAGAACCAAAGAAGUUUUUGAAAUGCCAUUUUUUCAACACAUUCUUCUAUAAAAAGUUGAUUAGUGGGAGGAGUGGUUAUGAUUUCAAGGCCGUUAGAAGAUGGACUACUCAGAGGAAGAUAGGGUACGGCCUUAUUGAGUGUGACAAAAUAUUUGUUCCAAUACACAAAGAGAUACAUUGGUGCCUAGCAGUUAUCAACAAAAAGGAUGAAAAGUUCCAGUAUCUUGAUUCACUUAAAGGCACGGAUAGCCAGGUGCUAAAAGUACUGGCUAGGUACUAUGUGGAUGAAGUAAAUGACAAAAGUGGAGAAGGCAUUGACGUAAGUUCUUGGAAGCAUGAAUAUGUUGAUGACCUUCCUAAACAAGAAAAUGGGUGGGACUGUGGCGUGUUCAUGAUCAAAUAUGCUGACUUCUAUAGCAGAGAUUUAGGACUGUGUUUCAAGCAGGAGCAUAUGGCAUAUUUCCGGAGGAGGACUGCCAAAGAAAUUCUGUGGUUGAAAGCUGAGUGAUCCCUGAAGAUGAAUUUGUAAUUUGAAGCCACAGAGGUGGAAUGAUAUGUGAUCACUAUGAUAAUGGAGAUGUGUUGAUAUGUAAUCACUACAAUAGCAGUGGUUAGUCCUUCAUGAUUGGAGAUGCCCAAUUCCUAUAUAUAUGGGUCCUGGAUUGGCUGCCGGGAAAUCAAAGAGAUUCCGCAUGUUUGGUUCAGCGGACUACUACUAUCCAGUUAGGGUAGUUUACUGGCAUGCCAGGUGGGACAGAGUGGCUUGUACAUAAUAAGUUAAAAAAAGGCUUGGCAGAGUGGUAUUUCAUAUUUGUGAGCGGUGAGAGUGCUGGGAGGAUUUGAAGAAGAGGCUAUAUAUUUCUAGAGCAGCCUGUGGUGUUUUGUUUUAGUUUUGUUUUGUUUUCUGUUUUUGUUUGUCUUUUCGCCUUUUUUGUUUUCUGAUGAUUGUAGUCAUUUUCACAUAAAAUUUAUAUCCAAUCCGCAAUUGUAAUGAAUGAUUCACUGCUGCCUUUGAAUUUUCAUUUUUGGUGACUUUGGUCUUUGA